AUGAGGAUGAUGAUGCUGCUGUUUGGCGGUGCUGCUGUUGAAGAUAAUGGAGAGGAUGAAGAAGAAGACUGUGAUGAGGAGGAUGAUGGUGGCGGGUUGCUAGCUAUCAGUGCCCUCAGGUCGAAGCCGCUCGCGCUCACUUCUCCACCUCCCCGCUUCCUCCGGACGCUCCUCGCGCCGUUUGCAUGGUGCCGCUCCCGCACAGCUCGCGCCGAACGCAGCAAAAAGCAGCAGCAGCAGCAGCCGCGAGAGCAGCGAUGUCUCAGUGACGUCUCGAUGUGGAUGAGUUCUCAUCAGCUAAAACUCAACCCCAGCAAGACUGACCUUCUGUUCAUCCCAGGAACUACGAGCCUUCACAACAAUCUCUCCAUCUCUUUCGAGAACUCACUGGUCACUCCAUCGGCAGAAGCACGAAGCCUUGGUGUAGUAAUGGAUGACCAGUUAUCAUUCUCGAGCCAUAUUGCAAAUCUGACUCGGUCAUGCAGAUUUCUCCUGUACAACAUCCGAAGAAUUCGACCGUUUCUGUCUCAGGAAGCCACUCAGGUGCUUGUGCAGUCUCUUGUCAUCUCAAGACUUGACUACUGCAACUCUCUACUGGCUGGUCUUCCACUGCGAGCCACCAAACCACUACAAUUAAUUCAGAAUGCUGCAGCACGACUCGUCUUCAAUCUUCCGAAGUUCAGUCAUGUGACUCCUUUGCUGCGUUCCCUCCACUGGCUUCCUGUUGUCGCCCGCAUCCGAUUCAAAACCCUGACGCUGGCCUACAAGGCAAAAAACGGACCAGCACCUUCAUACCUGAUGGCGAUGGUCAAAGCCAGAUCUGCACCAAGAGCUCUUAGAGCUUCCAGUACAGCUCGGCUCGAACCUCAAUCACUCAAAACACACAGAAAACAGACAUCCAGACUCUUCUCUGUGCUGGCACCAAGGUGGUGGAAUGAACUUCCACUGGAUGUCAGAACAGCAGAGUCACUCGCCGUCUUCAAACAUCGACUGAAGACGCAUCUUUUUAAAGAGUUC